AGCAGCAGCAACAGCAGCAGCAGCAGCAGCAACAGCAGCAGCAGCAGCAACAGCAGCAGCAGGUGCCUGGUAGGAGGGAGUGGCCCCCUCCAGAAGAUGCCCAGCUGCCCUUCGGUGCACUGAGAGCACCCAGAGCCUCAUGGGAGGAAAGGAUACUGCAGGCAGAGGUGGUGACAGUGUCUCAGGAGGCAGAGUGGAAUCAAAUUCAGCCCUUCUUUAGAAGAGAGUUGGAAGAUUUUCCAGUACUUGGAAUCGACUGUGAAUGGGUGAAUUUGGAAGGCAAAGCCAGUCCUUUGUCACUCCUACAGAUGGCUUCCCCAAGUGGCUUCUGUUCACUGAUUCGCUUGCCCAGGCUGAUCUAUGGAGGCAAAACACUACCACGAACUCUUUUGGACAUACUAGCAGAUGGCACCAUCUUGAAAGUAGGAGUGGGAUGCUCAGAAGAUGCCAACAAGCUUCUACAGGAUUAUGGCCUCAUUGUACGGGGGUGUCUGGACCUCCGCUACCUAGCCAUGAAGCAAGGAAACAAUAUACUCUGUAAUGGGCUUAGCCUGAAAUCACUUGCUGAGACUAUUUUGAACUUUCCACUUGACAAGUCCCUUCUACUUCGUUGCAGCAACUGGGAAGCUGAGAAUCUUACUGAAGACCAGGUAACUUAUGCUGCCAGGGAUGCGCAGAUUUCAGUGGCUCUCUUUCUCCAUCUUCUUGGAUACCCUUUGUCUAGAAAUUCCUAUGAGGAGGAAAACAAUGACCAAGUCAACUGGCGGAAAGUCUUGGAGAAAUGCAGAGCUAUGGUAGACAUCCCAUUCCGAAGCAAGGGACUUGGCCGAUUGUGUGAAGAACUUAAUGGCGAAGCACUGGAGUCUCAACAGAAGCCAAGAAAUAGGAAGGCUAAGCCUGAUGGAAUGGUACUAGGCAGCAACCAAGGGAGAGACCCCAGGAAGCAUAAAAGAAAACCCCUGGGGGUGGGCUAUUCUGCCAGAAAAUCACCUCUUUAUGAUAACUGCUUUCUCCAAGCCCCUGAUGGGCAGCCUCUAUGCACCUGUGACCGGAGGAAAGCUCAGUGGUACCUGGACAAAGGCAUUGGAGAGCUGGUGAGUAAAGAACCUUUUGUGGUCAGGCUACAGUUUGAACCUGCAGGAAGACCUGAAUCCCCAGGAGAUUAUUACUUGAUGGUUAAAGAGAACCUGUGUGUUGUAUGUGGCAAGACAGAUACCUACAUCCGGAAAAAUAUCAUUCCACAUGAGUACAGAAAGCAUUUUCCUAUUGAGAUGAAGGACCACAACUCCCAUGAUGUGCUGUUGCUCUGCACCUCCUGCCAUGCCAUCUCCAACUACUAUGACAACCAUCUGAAGCAACAGCUGGCCAAGGAGUUCCAGGCUCCCAUUGGAUCAGAGGAGGGCUUACGCCUGCUGGAAGAUCUAGAGCGUAGGCAGGUGCGUUCUGGAGCCAGAGCCCUGCUCAACGCAGAAAGCCUGCCUGCCCAUCGGAAAGAAGAGCUGCUGCAUGCACUCAGGGAGUUUUAUAACACAGAUACUGUUACAGAGGAGAUGCUCCAAGAGGCUGCCAGCCUGGAGACCAGAAUAUACAAUGAAAGCUAUAUUCCUCAUGGGCUGAAGGUGGUACAGCGUCACACGGAGGGUGGGCUGCGCUCCCUCAUGCAACUGGAGAGCCGCUGGCGUCAGCACUUCCUGGACUCCAUGCAGCCUAAGCACCUUCCCCAGCAGUGGUCAGUGGACCAUAACCAUCAGAAGCUGCUCCGGAAGUACGGGGAUGACCUUCCCAUCAAGUUGUCGUGAUUGCUGCUUCCUGCAGGUCAGGACAGGUGGGAAGCUGGAGCCAAGGUUAAAUUACCUCCUGCUGUUUAAUGUCAUUGGUGGAAGCCCAGAUGACUGGCUCAUAGUGCUAAGUUACACUAACCCCAGGUACUUCUGAUGGAGCAAGGCUGUUGUUUUAAGGGGAGCCCAUGGUUUGGAAUUUUAAUUGAGGAGUUUAUUCUUUCUCCUCCUUUCUCCCCUAUUUCUGUGUGCAAGGGAAGCUUGGACUUUAUUUUCACUCUUCCUCUCUGCUUUUCAUGUUAAGAGGGAGAACAAAGAUGUCUCUCUGGAGUAACUUUGUCAGGCUCUGAGAGACGUUUGUACUUCUCUCCCCUCUCCACUGCAUUGCUUUCUCUGGGGCAGGGAGAAAACUUCCUUCUGGAGUUGAAGAAGUGACCCAGAGUCAGAUUCAUAUUCCUAAUUCAACCUCAUGAUUUUAAUCUUUCUUGCUUUUCCAUAUUCAUUUAUUAGGGUCUAUCCCAACUUUAUUACUUGGAUUUAUUUUACAUGCUUGGAAAUGUUCCCACUUUGCAUAUAGGACCAAAGCCCAGCUUACUGCCAUGUGCUUCUUCCUUGUCACAGGGGAAGUCCUUUUCUGGAAAUGAGUUUUCAGCUGGGUGGGUCCCAAGUAUACAACCAUUCCUAGGAGAGCUUUGAUACGUUGUUCAGCCUCUCCUCCUCUGGAUAUCUCUGCUCGUUGCCUGUCUCCUGUCCUGCUUCUGGGAGCUGUCACUUCCUCCGUCAGUGUUCAUGUUCGGUUGCUUUUGCGAUACUGACCUCUCCUUAACACUUAAUUCACUCCCAGAGCCAUUUGGCCAGGUGAGGACGUCACCUCCCCUGGAGCCUGGGACACUGAGAUUAACUGAUGCAUUGCAAGUUUAAAAGGGUAAUGUUUCAUCUUUCAAAAUGUUAGACUACUACUUUGAGUAUGAAAUCAAUUUAUUAGCAAUUAGUAUUUUUUCUAAACUAUUAGGGAAACUUUCUUAUUUUAUAAGCUCUUAAUAAGCUUGAGCAGAAUUUUAUGGCCAGAAUCCAAAAAGAGUUCUAUUUUGGAAUUGUACCCAAGUUGGUUAUAACCGAUCUGACAUUGAUAAAUAAAACAACUUCAAAGCACAAGG